CUGUCCAGUGGUUCGAAUAUUACAGGGACAUAACAUGGCGGCAGCAUUUUGGUUUGCAGUUUUACUCAAUUUCAAGCACAUCUUUCUAUACAUAGCACCAGCAUACUUCAUAUAUCUCCUCAGAUGCUAUGUAUUUACAAGUAAUGAAGAUGGAAGUUUAAGAUGGAGAUCAUUCUCACCUCUUAGAUUGAUAGGACUGGGUAUAAUUGUUGUAGGUGUAUUUACUCUCUCUUUUGGUCCAUUUAUAAUUCUGGGUCAAGUGCCACAAGUUUUGUCAAGGUUAUUUCCCUUUAAGAGAGGUCUGUGUCAUGCAUACUGGGCACCAAACUUCUGGGCAAUUUACAACAUUGCUGAUAAAACACUUGCUGUUGCAGGAACCAGACUAAGAUUGAUAGAAGCUGGAAACCAGUCGGCAUCUAUGACUGGAGGUUUGGUACAAGAAUUUGAGCACAUAGUAUUGCCUUCAAUACCCCCUCUUGUUACCUUUAUAUUAUCUGCCGUCUCCAUGUUGCCAGCAUUAUAUACCUUAUGGAGUAGACCUCGAGGUGGACAGACUUUCCUACGAGCUUUAACAUUAUGUGCAUUUGGAUCAUUCAUGUUUGGUUGGCAUGUUCACGAAAAAGCAGUUCUUAUGAUUAUAAUUCCACUAAGUUUACUGGCAAUAGAUAAAAAGAAGGAUGCUCAGAUCUAUCUUAUCAUGUCUACCAUUGGUCAUUACUCAUUGUUUCCUUUAUUAUUUACACAGUUUGAGACACCUAUAAAGAUAUGUCUCCUGGCAUUUACUUCAUUAUAUGCAUUUACAGGAAUAGCUAAUAUAUUUAGAUUACCUUGGAGCUACACAUCUCUGCCAUUAUUAUCUACACUAGAGUCGCUGUACAUUGUUGGAAUAGUGCCAUUAGAACUGUAUAACAGUGUGAUACAUCAUUGUCUCGGACUAACAUAUAAACUAUCAUUUCUGCCAUUAUUGUUAACGUCCAUAUAUUGUGCAAUUGGAAUAACUUACUGUUGGUUAAAGUUUUACUGGAUCACGCUCCAUGAUAAAUCUAAACAGAAACAAAGUUAGACAAAAAUAUUUCAUAGUUGGGCAAAAAUGCUGCAGAGUUGGGCAAAAGGUUUCAGUGAUACGAACUGUAAAUUUCAUUAAACAGUCCUGUUACAGUAAUGCAGAUACUGAAAAAAUUCUUUAAUACAGUGGGUUUCGGUGUUGUUUAUUUAUUUAUGUUUGUUGGUUAAUUAAGCUCUAGUUUCAGAAUCUAGAUCAUUUGAAAAUAUUUUUACUUGUUUGGCAUUUUACAAAAGUGCACAGAGGAAAACCAAUACCACUAUUAUGUGGUCAUUUAUAAAUUUGAUCUGCUAGGAAAUGUUAUCUAAUAUUUUUGUGAUACAUGAUAUACUGUAGUUUGUAUGUAAAUAUGAAAUAACCUGCACAAUUCAAAUUGUAAUUAUGUAAUGUAUUGCAAACAUCAGUUUUAAUGUGAAUUGCUUCAUAGACUCAGCAAAUCUUUUGUUGUAAAGUUACUUUUUCACAUUAGCCUUUACCUGAUCUCAAAGGAUUAUGCAAGGAAUGUGUUCAUCAGUCUUCCGAUUGCUUGAUCUUUAACAUGCAUUUGAAAUUUAUAAUAAAAUAUUAUUAAACCAGUAUGGUAUUUCCAAAAUAUCUA